AUGGCUGCAAACGGCACAAAACGAUUGUUAAAAUAUGUUUCUGAACAAACUAUUGUAUCAAGAAGAAAAUAUGGAACAGCAAAAAGGGUUGUGGCAUCUAAGCCUGUGGUGGAAAUGGAUGGAGACGAGAUGACCCGUAUAAUUUGGGAGAAGAUCAAAGAGAAACUCAUAUUUCCCUAUGUUAAGCUGGACUGCCUGUACUACGAUCUUGGUCUACCUCACCGAGACGCGACGAAUGAUCAGGUUACCAUAGACGCCGCCCACGCGAUCCUUAAACACAAUGUGGGCAUCAAAUGCGCUACCAUCACACCCGACGAGCAGAGGGUUGAAGAGUUUAAAUUAAAGAAGAUGUGGCUGAGUCCAAACGGGACGAUUCGUAAUAUUUUGGGAGGGACAGUGUUCAGAGAGCCCAUUCUAUGCAAGAGUAUACCGAGAGUUGUUCCUGGAUGGACGAAUGCUAUCGUAAUUGGCCGUCACGCUCACGGAGACCAGUACAAGGCACAAGACUUUGUUAUACCAAAACCUGGAAAGGUUGAGAUGGUGUACACAGCAGCAGAUGGUUCUGUAGAGAAGAGAAUGCUAUAUGACUUCAAAUCACCAGGUGUAGUUCAAGGAAUGUACAAUACCGAUGAAUCCAUACAGGCUUUCGCACACUCAAGUUUCCAGGUCGCUUUGCAAAAGAAAUGGCCGUUAUAUCUCUCAACCAAGAACACCAUAUUGAAGUUCUACGACGGUCGCUUCAAGGAUAUUUUCCAGGAAAUUUACGAACGUGACUACAAGAAGCAAUUCGAAGAUGCCAAAAUAUGGUACGAACAUCGUCUGAUCGAUGACAUGGUGGCUCAGGCUAUCAAAAGCUCGGGUGGGUUCGUGUGGGCCUGUAAAAACUAUGACGGUGAUGUGCAGUCAGAUGUCGUUGCACAGGGUUACGGCUCGUUGGGUAUGAUGACGUCAGUGCUCAUGUGUCCGGAUGGUAAGACAGUUGAGUCUGAAGCAGCCCACGGUACUGUGACACGUCACUACCGGAUGCACCAGCAGGGCAAGCCGACCAGCACCAACCCUGUCGCCUCCAUAUACGCUUGGACCAGAGGGUUGAUGCACCGCGCCAAGCUCGAUAAUACUCCCGAGUUGGAACGAUUCUCUAAAUCACUGGAAGAGGCGUGUGUGGAGUGUAUAGACAGUGGGAAGAUGACCAAGGAUCUAGUGAUAUGUAUCCAUGGUAUGGCCAACACUAAGGAAGGGAUGUAUUUGAAUACCGAGGACUUCCUGCAGGCCAUUGCAGACCAACUUGAACGGAAACUAACCAAAUUGAACUCUAUCCAUUAUUGUUAA